AUGGGAGAAUUGUUCAAUGAUGAAAUAACAAAGAAAAAGUCAGGCGUCAAUGAGAAAGCGAAGCAAAACCAUUCGACUUGUAGAAUAACCAAAAAUAUGGCAUCCUCGUUCAGCACGACACGCGCUCAGCGUGUCCUUAAUAUCGCAUGCCCAGGCCUGAGCAAACGAGGCAUACUCGCGCCGUCAUCAUCAAGAUCCGCCACAGCAACGACAAUGCACAACAACAUUCCUCGGCCUCUACAGCUCGAACUCGGAGUCAGUAGUGCUUCUUCUAGCUCAACAUCAACUUUCAGUAAGCGCUAUUUCGCAGUCCGCACCUUCGAAGGAGCCAAACCUCAAAUCUCUGAGUCAGCUUUCGUGGCUCCCUCAGCCGAUGUGAUAGGGAAUGUGACAAUCGACGACAGCGCUUCUGUGUGGUAUAACUGUGUGCUGCGAGGGGACGUGAAUGAAAUUCGGAUUGGUAAACGAAGCAACAUCCAAGACGGAACCGUGAUUCACGUGAGAUCGGGAGAAUUAGGCGGAUGCAAGCCAAAUCCGACACUCAUAGGCGAUGACGUCACGAUCGGGCACAGCUGUCUGAUACACGCGUGCACACUGCAUAGCGGGAGCUUCGUUGGUACUAGAUCGAUUGCCUCCUCCUCAGCAACUUCCUACACUUUCUUCAAGAGUGGUCAUGGUCUUCAGGGGCUUUCUUCUGUUUGUCUUUGUGUCUCACCUACAAGCUGAAGCUAUAUUGAGCAUCUCGAAAUAUAAAUAGAUUUUAUUAUAAACAACCGGUUAGUUUUUACCUCUGUCUAGAGUCUUAGCCCUUUCAACAAAAUAAGUAAGCUUUCCCAGGUAUGCAAUCUUGCGUAAUGGAUUUUGCUGUUGUCGAGUCUGGCGCUUACGUCGCUGCUGGCGCUCUUGUUCUUUCUAACGCGAGGGUCAAAUCCGGAGAGCUCUGGGGAGGACGACCUGCAAAAUUCCUAAGAAAUCUAAAAGAUUCAGAAAAGGAGUUUCUAAUGAAAUCCGCAACAGAGUACGCAAAAUUCGGCCAGAGACACAAGAUGGGAGCAAUAGAAGUUGAUGAUAUAAACUAGCUUAAACUUGAUGCCAGGAAAUAUACAAAAACGCGGAUACAGUGAAGCAAGAAGGAGUCAGUAUAUGAUAUCUAUGUUUUACCAGAAAAUCUUGCAGCAAAGCGCCAGAAUCUGCCAGUUGUUUGUUGUAGGUACAGUUUUUGAAUUGUUCCAUCUCAACUGAAUACUGCUGAGUAUUGGAG